AUGUGGCCCCUUCUCAGCCCUGGGCUCGUCUCCGGCCCCGCUGCAAGCCCGCAGCUGAGCUGUGCCGGGUCCGCCCCUCGCUGGGGCAGCAGCAGCGGCGGGAGCCCCUGUCCUGAGCAGCCUCCCCGCCUCCUCAAGGCGUUCCCCGCCUGGCCCCCCGUCCCUCCCCGUGCCCGGAAGCCCUGGGAAAAGUUCCGCCGUGGAAGCAAAGUCCAGGCGGACAGAGCAAAGCCGGACAGAGCGGCCAUGGCCGGGCGCUGCGCGCUCCGGGGAGCGCUCGGUCCGCGCUGCCCGUCCCGCUGGCCGCGGGGCUGGCGUCUGUCCCUGCGGCCGCCGGGAGCGCGUCUGGCCCAUGCCGGGGCCGCGGCCCAGCUGCAGCAGGAAUACGACGCGGUGGUGAUCGGGGCAGGACACAACGGGCUGGUGGCAGCUGCCUACCUGCAGCGGGCAGGGCUGCGCACGGCUGUGCUGGAGAGGCGCCACGUGCUGGGCGGCGCCGCCAUCACUGAGGAGAUCGUGCCAGGGUUCAAGUUCUCCCGGGCAUCGUAUCUGCUCAGCCUGCUGCGACCACAAAUCUAUGCUGAUCUGGAGCUGCAGCGGCACGGUCUGAGGGUGCUCCCACGGGACCCCUACUCCUUCACCCCACUGCUGGAGGACAGGAGCCCUCCUCGCUCCCUUCUGCUGGGACAUGACAUGGCCCAGACUCAGCAGCAGAUUGCUCAGUUCUCCCAGAAGGAUGCCCAGGCCUAUCCUGAGUAUGAGGCGUUCAUGGGGCGCAUGGUGUUGGCCCUUGACCCACUGCUGGAUGCCCCUCCAGUGGAUACAGCUGCCCUGGGAAAGGGUUCCCUGCCCCAGCAGCUCAGGAACCUGCAAACCCUGAAGCCCUUGCUGCAGGCAGGGCUGGCACUGGGGCGGCAGCUGCCCCACUAUUACGAGGUGCUCACAGCUCCCAUCUCCAAGAUCCUGGAUCGCUGGUUUGAGUCAGAACCCCUGAAGGCAACUCUGGCUACUGAUGCUGUGAUUGGAGCCAUGGCCAGCCCACACACCCCUGGCAGUGGGUAUGUGCUGUUGCACCAUGUCAUGGGUGAGCUGGAGGGACGGCGCGGGGCCUGGGGCUACGUGGCAGGCGGGAUGGGAGCCCUGUCCCACGCCAUCGCCCAGGCAGCCACUGCCCGGGGAGCCCACAUCUUUGCUGACAAGGCAGUGUGCCACGUGCUGCUGGGCAGGGCCGGGGAGGCGCGGGGUGUCGUGCUGCAGGAUGGGACAGAGGUGAGGAGCAAACUGGUGCUGUCCAAUGCCUCCCCCCAAAUCACCUUUCUGGAACUCAUCCCUCAGGAGCAGCUGCCCAAGGAUUUUGUCCAGCGGAUCCGGCAGCUUGACACACGCUCCCCUGUCACCAAGAUCAAUGUGGCGGUGGAUCGGCUGCCCAGCUUCCUGGCUGCCCCCAAUGCCCGCGAUGGCCAGGCCCUGCCCCACCACCAGUGCUCCAUACACCUCAACUGCGAGGGCACCCAGCUCCUGCACCAGGCAUUCACUGAGGCUGCCCAGGGGCACCCCUCCAGCAGGCCCAUGAUCGAGCUCUGCAUUCCCUCAGUGCUGGACCCCGGGCUGGCCCCUCCAGGCUGCCACGUCGUGUCCCUGUUCACACAGUACACCCCGUCCGUGCUGGCGGGCGGGCGGUGCUGGGACGAGCAGGCCAGAAAUGCGUACGCAGACACAGUGUUUGACUGCAUCGAAGACUAUGCCCCAGGGUUCAAGGCAUCUGUCAUUGGCAGGGACAUCCUGACGCCACCAGACCUGGAGAGGAUCUUUGGGCUGCCCGGUGGAAACAUCUUCCAUGGAGGGAUGUCUCUGGACCAGCUGUACUUUGCCCGGCCAGUACCAUCCUACUCUGGCUACCGGUCCCCAAUUCCUGGCCUGUACCUGUGUGGAAGUGGAGCCCACCCUGGAGGAGGAGUGAUGGGAGCAGCAGGACGCAAUGCUGCCCAGGUGGCUAUCAAGGAUUUCAGGCACCUCUGAUGAAAUUGGUGAAACUGACUUCACCAACACAGGGUUGUGACAGCAGCAUGCCCUACUGGUGCCAUGCAGAGCCCUGCCCAUCCACAACUUGCUUCUCCAGCACCUCAGGGCAGCAGCAUAUCCUGAGAGCUGGAUAUAGGCUGGCAGGGUCCCCUGUGCUCCCAGCUGCUACUGUCACCUUGAGCAGAUGGCUGCUCCCAGCCUGACACAACCCAGCCUUGCCCCAGUGGCUCCUGG